ACCGCAUGACCUUUCGUUUACAUUCUUGUUUGCGUAUUGAUAAAAUAAAAGGCUGCCCUAAAGAGUCAUUUAACGUUUUCGAAUGGCGAAGCCACUUUAGAUUAACAGACGUUAAUGGACGCCUCAAUUAUCAAUUAUUGAAUAACUAACUCCAUCGGGCAAAGGAACCACAACGAUGACAACUCUCCUCGAGCCCGGAGUGGAGAUCCGUCCAAUUAUCGAGAGUGAGAAAUGCGUGAAAUUGAUCGAAGACCUUUACGGAUUUCCGUGUAAAAAUCUAAGUGAACUCAAUGGAUACGACGAUCGAAAUUUCAAGGUGCAGAUCGGCGAAGAGACGUACGUGCUGAAGAUCAUGAACUCAUUGGAUUCCAAAAACCUGCAGAACGUUGAAGGCCAGAAUUCAAUGAUGCUUUUUUUGUACAAGAACGGUAUCAAAUGCCCAACGCCGAUUACCAAUAAAGAAAAGAUGCACUAUUCCGUCGUUGAUUUGGAAAGCGGAAGACAUGUAGUUAGAUUGAUGACAUAUCUUAAAGGUAAAAUCUUCCAUGAGAUUCCGUGCUAUGCUAGGAUAUUUUUCGAGGCCGGACAAUUCAUCGCAAGGAUUGAUACAGCAUUGGAGAGUUUCACGCAUACUUCUUACGAAUCGUACAAGACGCUCUGGAUGUUGGAUUCCGUUCCUCAAUUAAGGCAAUUCGUGCAUGCAGUUGAUAAGAAUGAGAGAAGGCGAAAAUUGGAAGUGUGCAUCAAUGAAUUCGAGAAGCGCGUUUCCGGUAACUCCUUUCCAAGGGGUUUCAUUCACGGCGAUUUCAAUGAACAAAACAUUGUUGUGGUCCAGGAGAAUCGUAACUGGAGGAUUUCAGGAAUACUGGACUUCGGCGACAGCCAUAAAUCCUGUUAUUUGUACGAGCUCGCUGUGGCAAUGACGUACAUGAUGAUAGUUGGCCAUGAUGUUACUAUCGGUGGACAUGUUUUGGCCGGUUAUCAGAGUAUUAGGAACGUGAGCCAGGAGGAAAUCUCUUUGUUGAAAGUUUGCGUCAUGGGAAGAUUAUGCCAAUCCCUCAUACUAGGUGCGUACACCAGUCUUCAGCAUCCAGAAAAUUCUGAUUACCUAUUGGUAACUGCUGCUCCGGGAUGGGAGCUCUUCGAGAAGAUGUACGACAUCGAAGAGGAGAAAAUUUUGAAAAUUUGGUUAGACAUUUGUGACGAUUACAGAAAAUAAAACAACAAUAUUAUCUUACUAAA